UAGUUACUUUUCUCAAUCGCACUCUCAGUCGGAAAGCGCGCUUUGGUAAUGAACGUAACCGCUCGAGAAUUCCGUCCGGAACGAUGCAUUAGAUCAUCGUCACGGGAGUGAAAAGGAGAGGAGAUAGCGGGCGGUCGGGCAGGAAGUGAACCAAUAACUCUUCCAACUCCCCAAACCCCUCCUCAGUGAUUUCUCCAACGUUUAACGUGUAUGGAUAACGUGAUUCUGAAUAAAUAGUGCACAAAAAAGUUGAAAAAAAAAUAUAAAAUAGAAAAAUAAAAAAAUGCAAAAUAUGUGGAUAGUUUUCCUGAUCAUUGGAUUGGUGGUUCUCGGACUGCUGGUUCUUCUAAUAAUAGCGGCGCGGUAUCAACGCGAUUAUUGGCGCUAUCUGAACAUUCCGCACGAGAGGCCCAAAAAGUUAUGGCCCAUUAUUAGGCAAAUAAUGACGCAGACCCUCAGCACCGAGUCCAUGAAAGCGAAGCACUACGGCGACAUCUACACCAAGUUCAAGGGCAGUGGUCCGUUUUGUGGCUUCUACGCCUUGCUGCAGCCCCGUGCCUUGAUCCUCGAUCGGGAGUUGAUACGCCAGAUCAUGAUCAAGGACUUUUGGAACUUCAACGAUCGUGGCAUGUACUGUAACCAGAAGUCGGAUCCACUUUCCGGAGACCUCUAUGGCCUUAGGGGUGAGAGCUGGAAGGAGAUGCGCCAGAAGUUGGAUCCCAGUUUCGAGGGGGAUCGCAUGUCCUGGCUCUAUGGGUGUAUGUACGAGGAAGCGGAGCAACUGCUCCUCACCGUAAGCACCACGCUGAUGAAGCAACCCCAUUCCACCAUUCACAUCCAGAAGAUCAUGCGAAGAUACAUCCUAUCCGCUCUGGCCAAGUGUGUCUUCGGGUUGGACGCCCAGCAGAGGCACAAGUAUCCGUUUGAAACCUUCGAGCAAAUGACGGAAAUGGCUCUGAAUAGUCACAAACACGGUUACUUAAUGAACCUGAUGAUGAUCCGGUUUCCGAACUUUUGUCGGCUGUUGCGCUUCCGUCGCACUCCCAAGCCGGUGGAGGACUACUUCCUGGGUGUGCUGACCGACAUUGUGGAGCAGCGCGAGAAGUCAGGUGUCCAGACACAGGAUUACUUGCAGCUCCUGGUGGGAGUUAAGGCCCAGGAGCUGAUUACCCACAAGUACGAGGAGGACAAAGAGCUGAAGAUGCAUCUCCAGAACGAGCUGGCCGCCCAUGCGGUUGUCUUCCUCAAGGCUGGAUACGAACAGACAGCCAAUACAUUGUCCUACGUUCUCUACGAACUGGCCCGGCACUCGAAGCUCCAGGCCAGGGUCCGGGAGGAGGUCAAGAAGGCCACGGAGCGGUGCGCCGGCAAUCUCAACUACGAGUGCAUCCAGUCGCUGACCUUCAUGGGUCAGGUGAUCAACGAAACCCUUCGGAUGCACCCCAUUACCCCGUAUAUUAUGCGACGCACUCUCAACAAUUAUCCGGUACCGGAUCACCCCAAAUACGUCCUGGUCAAGGAGCUAUUUCUCAUCAUUCCCACGCAUGCCAUACACCAUGAUCCGGACAUAUAUCCGGACCCGGAGGUAUUCAAGCCGGAUCGCUGGUCCGGCCCGAGAGACUCCCUGCAGGAGCAGGGCACCUGGUUUGGAUUUGGAGUGGGUGCCCGGAGCUGUAUUGGCAUUCAGUUUGCCCAGAUGCAGUUGAAGUUGGCCCUGGCCCUAUUACUCUCCGAAUAUGAAUUCACGCUGAACUCCCGGAAGCCUCUGGUGGACUUGGAGGAUGGAAUAGCGUUGACCCUGACGCCCCUGGGGGUCAUAGAGCCGGGAAAUGAGGAGAGGGCGGUGUAAGCUGAAACUAUAAGCUUUGUGGCAUAAGCCGAGUCUCUGGUAUCCUCUUUAGAAAUCUUACUCACUUCCGUUUAAUUCAAAAUUAAUUGAAAGAGCAAUUUGCAACCAAAAAAGGCAACUCAUAAACAAAUUAUAUAUAUAUUAUAUAAAAAAAAAGAAGAGAUGAUGUUUAUGCCAAAAAAAAAGCUUUAGCUUUAUGACACAAGAAUUUACUCGAUGAACAAAGUCUAGAAAGCAAUACAAAACUCAGCAUGGCAACUAACCAAAUUAAAAAUAAAAAUUACAAAUUAAAAUAAAUAUAAUUAAAGAGUAAAGGUCAGGUAACUGAAUAAGCCGAGAGUCAAUCCUAGCUAAUAGUUAAAUUAAAAGGCAUGUAUUUUAUUUAUUGAUUUUAUUUAUUUCGAAAAAACACUUGGUUUUAAAAUAGAUUUUUACUCGCAUUCGGCGAUUUGUUUAAUUUCUAUUAAAUACACACGGCUGUCCUAGAGACUAACCCAUUGAUUUGUUAAAAUAUAUGUAAUUUGUCAGUUUGAUUCAUUGUUAAUUGUUAGUAUAUAUCGUUUUUUGCAUUGUCGAUUGCUGAUAUGGUUGGUUUUUGCUUCAAAUCGUCUACGGAUUUGCAUCUCCAGGCCUGUGCACAGAAGUUUUAAAUCAUAUAUCAGAUAUAUCAGUUAAAAAAUAGAAUAUUUUAGGACGAGCCUGCUGCUUUCGUUGAUUAAAGGAUCGAAACUAUGAUUACAAUUAGAAACAACUCUACGCGCUAGCCCUAAAAUUAGAUGUAAAAUAAAUAAAGUAUAUUAUGACCGAACGUAUUCUAAAUAUACAGUAUCCCUAAAAAUCGAA